AUGUCUGCCCCACGUUGUCUGUGCCGAGGAGGCUGCAGGUUCGAGUCCUGCCAUCAAGUUAAUAAUAAUAAUAAUAAUAAUAAUAAUAAUAAUAAUAAUAAUAAUAAUAAUAAUAAUAAUAAUAAUAAUAGGCACGCGUUCCCGCCGCCACCGCAGACGCCGGCUUUGCCGCUCUUUUCUUUGCGUUUGACUAGCAUCGAUGUCCGUUUUCGCCGACAGGCGCCGUUGCUGUCGCCAUUGUUGCGGCCGCCUGCGUGUUGGGCGGUUGUGGGCCGCACGUCGUCUUCAGUCUUCGCGCCGGCCGCCGUAUCACCCGCGCCCGGCCACGGAGGCUCGCCGGCCCUUUACCUGAGUGUGGGUCCGCGACCGGCGGACGGGGGUCGACACCCGCGCCCGCCCUCGUCGCUCGAAAAGUCGAUCGUACACUCGCCCUCGUGCUCACACGUACGCCGGGUUGAACACAUUGAAGAGGACGGCGAACAGGGUGCAGGCCGCGUACACGCCCAGCGCCACCCACCACAUGAGCUGUUCGUGCAGCUUCUGCUCGAAGUUCUUGAGCACAAGCAGGCCGAUGGUGCGCUACGUAGGACACCGGCGGAGAGAGCUGGGUUGCGUCCGCAGCCCCACGUCUGCACUCGCUGAGGAAAGGAAAAACAGACUGUUUUAAAACAUGUCAUUCCUUUCUUAUCACUUGUACUCUUAAUUUUAUUAUAAUCGAACACUAACUAGUGCCAGAGAUUCGAUUUUAGAACACCUGUGUAUACGAAAUCAUAAGUAAGAAUAUCUCUCGAACCUUCGAACCGACUUCACGCAAUGUCUAUAAAGUCAACUUUACACAUUUAAAAAACUACACUUGCAUCAUGUACUACAUAAACAUUAGAACACAUCUGGAUUUACGAAGUAUUGCAUCCGGUAACCUCCAAGCAAAAUUGGCAAAGAAUUUGUUUUCUG